AUGGAAGAGAAACAAUUUAAGUGUGAGGUCUGUGACCAAGACUUUAGGCAAUCAUCGAUGCUUAUGAAACACCAAAGUAUCCAUCACAGGAAGAAACCUUUUACGUGUGAGGUGUGCAACAAAUCAUACUCCAAGCCAUCACACCUCCGACUACACCAAUACAUUCACACAGGGGAGAAACCGUUCAAAUGUGAAGUUUGUGAUAAAGCUUUUGCAACAUCCACAACCUUUCUGUCCCACCAACAUAUUCACACAGGAGAAAAGCCGUUCACAUGUAGCGUGUGUGAAAAAUCAUUCUCGCAGACGGCACAUCUCCGUCUGCAUCAACGCAUUCACACUGGGGAGAAACCAUUCACAUGUGAGAUCUGUGAUAAAUCAUUCUCACAUUCAUCUCACCUUCGUGUACACCAACGCAUUCAUACUGGGGAGAAACCAUUCACAUGUGAAGUGUGUGACAAGUCAUUCUCAGAGUCAUCAUCCCUUCACAAACAUCGACGUGUUCACACCGGGGACAAACCAUUCACAUGUGAUCACUGUAAUAAAUCAUUCUCACAGUCAUCUGGUCUUCGAGUACAUGAACGUUUGCAUGCUGGGAACAAACCAUUCAAAUGCUAG